GGUUGAUUGGUGUUAUAUUAUAGUUGAGGCGGCCAGUAUGUGGCAGCCAAGGGAUAUAUAAAGUCUCUGUCUUCCUUGGUAGUGGCAAUGUGUAUAGGUUUAUAAUGAUUUGGGUAUGAUACAGAAUAAAAAGAAAAGGUCAUUCAGAGUCUAUAAAGGAGCGUUGUUGCUGAUAAGGGUCACGUAGUAUUGCACAACGAGUGUUUAGUAAGCCAAACAAAAUGGGACGAGAGUUAAGCAACAGGAAAUAUUGAUUGAUCUUCGUGAUUUAUUCCUCAGUCACUGAGUGGCAGCCUUCACCACCACACUGUCACUCGUUCCAACCAAGUUAUCAAAUUUAUUAGUUUUUUAAUCGCCCUUUGUGACUGAAAGCAACCGUGACCAUGCUGGAGACAAGGCAGAAAAUGGGAAAGUUGCUGAGUGCUGGAAGCGCUAGGCUGGUGCGGGCAAUGGAGCUGACCUUUAAUACUUAUGGAAGGUUGAUCGCUACCUCCCCUAUCGUCGUCAUCGUGGUAUGCUUAGUGAUGGCGGCAGGCUGUGGCGUAGGCCUAUUAAAAUUCGAGCAAGAAGAUCGUCCCACAAAGCUAUGGACACCUGAAGGUUCGGAAUCUGUGAGAGUGGAGGAGUGGAUGGAGGAGAACUUUGUCUCAGACACACGCCUUAACAUGGCCAUCUAUGUGGCAGACAAUGUGCUGGAGAAAAACGUGUUGCUUGAAAUGUUGCGUGUCCACGAGUUAGUGACCACCACGACCACGAGUGCCGGCAUCACCUGGAACACCACCUGCUCGACAGUGCCAAUCAUCCCCUCCUUCUCAUACGGCAGACGGCGGCGAGACGCAGCGACAGUACGCCAGAAGCGUCAAACCAACAGUGACUUUGACUUCAGUCGUAUUCUUCCCCGUGACGACUACUGCCAGUUUCAGGAAUCUAUACAAGAAGUGUGCCUAGAAAACGGCCUCCUUGACGUGUUCGGCUAUGACCGGGACUUCCUUACUAGCUUGACACGAGAACAAAUCCUGGAUGAAAUCAACGACGCUCAGACGAGCAGUAUCACGGGCUUUCCUCUUAAUGUAACUCAGUAUUUAUCACAGGUGCGACGUGAUGAACAGGGUUAUAUUCUCGGUGCCAGGGCUGCCUCUCACAUGUGGUUCACGCGGGUAAACAGGUCAGCACUGGAGAGCGGCGUUGGGAUCAAUGAUGCAGGGACAGGCACCCAAGUAGACGCUAAUACUCACGAAUGGGAACAAACAAUGGUUCGUAACUUACUAAAUCCCGCUCAACGUCCACCCGAAGUACAGUUUUAUAUUAUGUCAGCGUCCAGUUUCGGUACAGUAGGCGGCGAAAACAUUCAGAGUGACUUACAGUUUCUCAGCUUAGGCUUUGGAGUAGUGUUUGUGUUUGUGGUAUUGAUGUUAGGUCGUCGCAACCACGUGGAGGCUCGACCGCUACUCUCUCUGAUGGGGCUGUCAUGUGUGGGUCUGGCCAUCGUUGUUUCUUACGGCACCUGCUCUGCUUAUGGCGUUCCUUAUGGACCUGUCAACAGCAUUCUUCCUUUUCUUUUGCUCGGGUUGGGAAUAGAUGACAUGUUCGUAAUUCUGGAGGCAUGGCAGAGCUUGAGUUCGGAGGAGCAGCAACAACCGCUGAGGGAAAGGAUCGGGCUGGCCCUGGGUCGUGCAGGAGUGGCCAUCACGGUCACUUCCUUGACAGAUUUCCUUGCCUUUGCUGUGGGCUGUACCACUGUCCUCCCUGCCCUGAGGUAUUUUUGCAUUUACUCUGCAAUCGGCAUAGUGUCAGUGUAUUUCUUUCAAGCUACAUUCUUCGUGGCCUGUCUGACCUUAGAUCAACGCCGCUUGGAGGACCGGCGUCAUGGUCUCUUCUGGUGCUGGAAAAUGUCCCCGGAGUGGUCACCAAGCGGUUGUAGUCAGCGCGACUUGUGCAAUGAAUUUUUCUCUCGAUUCUACGCCAAGUUUUUGCUGCAUCCCGCUGUGAGAGUCAUUGUAAUCCUCUGGACGAGCGCGUUGUUCUUUGCAUCCACAUGGGGCCUCACUAACCUCAGACAAGAGUUUGAUCCAAUUUGGUUCCUCCCACAGGACUCUUACUUGUAUGGAUACUUUGAAAAACAAAGAGAUUACUUUCCCUCGUCUGAGGAGCCGGGGUCUGUAUACCUAUCUAACAUUGAUCUAGCGAACGAAUUGGUCAAUAUACAAGAGCUUUCAGAAAGUCUCCGGUCCAAUGAGUACGUAGCUAAAGUUGACAGCUGGGUGGAUAAAUAUGUUGAGUACUGGGACGAUGCAAUCACGGCAAACCAAACUUUGUUUCCUGAUCGCCUGACGCAAUUCCUGUUUUCGCCCAGAGGUGCCCAGUACCGCUCUCGCAACUUUAGAUUCAACUCUACCUUAAGCUGCAGAGAGGACGCGCCCCUGGUCACAGCCACCAGAAUUGACUUCAGCUACAAGUUACUGUCGUCUUCCCGGGAGGAAGUGCAAGCAAUGGAUGCAGUGCGAACCGUUGUGCAGGGAACGAACAUGAGCGGCGAGACGAGGGUGUGGGGGCGGGCGUUCUCCUCUUGGGAAACCAAUAAAGUGAUAAAGGAAGAACUUUUUCGUAAUCUUGGGAUAGCACUGGUGGUGGUGUCGGUGGCGACUAUGGUGCUGCUGGCUAGUGUCGUGGCCAGUAGCAUGGUGGUGCUGUGCGUGCUCUUUACUCUGGUGGAUGUAGCCGCCCUUAUCCACUGGUGGGGCCUUACCAUAGACACCGUCACCUGCAUCGAUUUGGUGCUGGCAGUGGGCCUGUGUGUGGACUACGCGGUGCAUGUGGCACACACCUUCCUCACAAGGAUUGGGGAUCGCGCACAGAGAGCGGCAGACACUUUGGCUACCAUUGGACCGCCAGUUCUCAGCGGGGGAUUCUCCACUUUCCUCGCCUUUGCCUUCCUGGCGAACUCAUCUUCCUACGUUUUCCAAAGCUUCUUCAAGAUCUUCUUUGGUGUGUGCGUCUAUGGUCUGUAUCAUGGUCUCGUGUUUCUGCCGGUGCUGCUGUCCCUCGUUGGCCCUGCAAGUCACAACACCAUCACGCCGCAACACCUCACGCCGCCCCACACAACCUCCAGCAGCUCCUCCCAUCCGUUGGAACAGAAAAACGGAAAAUUCGUGGAAAAAUCUCUUGACGCGGAAGGAGGUGGUAUGUCAACUGACGAGAAGGGGAACUUGGAGAAGGGAGUGGGAAUGUUCGUUGUGGGUGGGGAAGGUAAAGUACAACAACUGCACAUAACUUGAAUGACCUGACUACACACUAGGAUAAAAACAAGACUUGAUACUAAAUACGUUUGUUUGUCAGUAACACAUCACUAGUAUAUUUGUAGUAUAUAUUUUGAAUAUUAUAGUCUUGCAUGAAUUUGCUUCUUAUUAAAAACUUGUUACGUAAUGUUGAUGGUGUUCAUGACUCUUGUUGAUACAUUAUAUAAAAAUGAAAAUU